AGAGCCGAGUGCGGCCGCGGGCGGCCCGAGCGCGGCGCUUUGUUGCGCUCCCGCUGCUGGGUUACGGCGGCCUGGUGCUCGGAGCUGCGCUUUGCGCGGCGCGCAAUUAAAACAAAAUCGUUUGUUCUGUGGCUUGAUUUGUUUGUAUUUGAAACUUCCUAAUCCGUUGGACCAUCUGGAAGAGCUUUUUUUAGUAUCGUUAAUUACGGAUGGUACCGGGGUCAUGCAGGCUCCCGAUAAGGCAGCUCCAUCCCCCCGGGACCAGUGCUACUUCGCAGAUAUUUCACGGCUUUUUUUUUUCCCCGUGAUCGAAGGCGGUGGCAGAGCCCCACUAAGUGCGCUUCGGAGUCGGGACAGAAAUACUUCGUGUGAAAGCGUUAAAGGGAAACGCGUCGGGUGCUCCCGGCCCGAGCUGCCUUGUGCCGGGCCUGCCUCCCUGCGGCUCCCGGCCGGCCUUCCUUAACCCGGCUCUAUGCUCGUUGGUCCAGCUGGUCUCGGUAGCGCAGUCAUCAUAGGAUGGGAAGCUGCAAUCUUGCUGCUUUGCAACUUAUCAAUUUUAAAAAAUGGUCUCAAUCAGAUUUUAAUCAAGAGCACAUGGCCGUGCUGGAACAGCAGAGUUUUGGUUUUUUUUAUCUGGGUUUACAGAAAGUUGAUGGCUGAGGAAGCAGAGCUCUGUGCUGAUGUGUGUGCUGUGGGCAGAGCUCCCCCCACAGCAGCUGCAGGCUGCCAUUCCCUGUGCUGGGGCACAGUUUGGUGGAGUGGGCUUUUGUUCCCAGGGCUUUGUGCAGCUGGUCGUGCCGAGCUGUGCCAUGCUCAUUGCCACAGGCUGUGCUCCAGGUGAGCCGUGUGGCACUGGUGGCAGCCCUUCUGCUGGGACGUGUGUCCCUGCAUAGAGUCACGGGGUUCCCCUGACUUCUGGGCAGGGGAUUUCUUUUGGCUAAAUCCUUCUGCAGGAACAAAUCGAUAUGGAAUGCAUCUGUAUGCGUUGGUUGCAGUUAGUGGGUGAGGUAGCGCACAUAGGUGCACUGGCUGAGCACUCUGUGCCUCCUUAGCAUGACAUCUUUUUACAUUAAGAAGAAAGGCAGCAGGCUGCCUCUUUUCCCCCCCUUCUCUUUUCUAUCCUGAGGCUAUUAACCUUUCCUAUGGUUGGUGUCAGCUCCCCAGGGCGAUGCCUGGGCCCCAGCAGCUCAGUCACUGUUUUUCUUGAAAGGAAAAGAAAGUGAAAGAAAUCGCUAGGUAAGAGAAAGGGGAAAAGUGAUCUCUGCAUGUCUGUUGGUGUUUGAGGCAUCAUUGGAGGGGAGAGACAAGUGAGGUUUGGGUGGGAUUUAACACGUGUGAGCUGCCCUCCCUGUGCCCCUGGCAGCUGGUGUGGAGCAGCUUGGGAGUUAAACGUGCUGAGCAGCGCUGUGAGCCCAGAGCUCCAGGGAGAGUGAGUCAGGAAGCAGAGGAACGAGAUGUGGUGGUGAAGAUGUUAAAGCUAUUGAUAAAUUGCAGUGCUGAGUGUCAUCUGUAAUCUUCUUCUCAAGGGGACAUUUUCAUUGCUUUAAAGUGUGUUCAGUUGCACAAGCUGGAAUUUCUGCAAGCUGCAACUUCCAUCAUCGCUUCUCAACAAAACUAAAUCCCAAUAAAUUCUCUUUUUGGGAUCCUCAGUGGGGGUUUUACAUCUUCUUGCCUCGGGUGCGGAGGUGUCAAUGUUGCAAAGCCCUGGUGCUGCAGGCAGUGCUCUGAGCGUGUGCACGUGGGCUCUGUUUCCUGGCAGAGCUCUCACGGCAGCUGGAGCUGCUGUGCUUUUGAGCUGCAGAGCAUUUCUGCAGCCCUGGGACUGCUGGCAUCUGUUCCCCCGGCACGCGUGGUGCUGCCAGCCUGUCCCGAAAGCAGUGAGCGAUGAUGGAUGCUUGCUGGAGCCCGAACGCAAGUCCCAGCACUUUAUUUGCACUGUAUUUCUCUGCUCAGUUGUGUGCUUUAAUGCUUUCUGUACUUGUGUUUUCUGUGCUUGUGUACAAAUGUGCCCAGAAAGUUGAGUGCUGUGUGCUUCAGUAGGAAUCUAAGGUAUUUCCUCUUGAAAAUUCACAGGGAUUUUUUUUUAUUUAUUUUCUUAGCGUUAUCAAGAGUACUCAUUUCAUUGAGGGAAAAAGUAAGUCUUUUAAAAAACAAGUGCACGGCUUUUCCCGUGCAGACAAGCAGAGGUCCCCCCCACUCCCUCGCACUGUCUGUGUGACUCUUGAGUAACAUCAUAAUAUUCUUGUAGAAUUUACGUUGUAUUAAAACGCGGUAUGAAGCCUACCAUGACCUUUGAAAACAAUACAUCCUUUAAUGUGGCUUUGGGGAGGGGUUAGUGAGAGAGUAGCCAUAAAAAUCUUCAGGGUUCAAGAUGAGGUUGAGAUUUUUGUGAGUGCUUUUGUCGUGGCAGCAACUGUUUGAUUUAGUGGCCCCUGCGACAAUAGGUGGUGAGAACAAAGCCGGAAUAUCCCGUGUAUGAGCCGUUAUGUGUGAGACCCAUCAGGAGAGCUGAAAGGAAGGAUGUUUCCAGAUGAACCACAUGCAAGCCAUUUGGAAUAACUCAUUAUCAGCGGCUUUGGUUCUUAAUGACCGGGUUGAUCAGCGAACCUGCCUGAUCUGCGGGGACAGAGCUACGGGUCUGCACUAUGGCAUCAUCUCCUGUGAAGGCUGCAAGGGGUUUUUCAAAAGGAGCAUUUGCAACAAGCGGGUUUACAGAUGCAGCCGAGACAAGAACUGUGUCAUGUCACGCAAGCAGCGCAACAGAUGCCAGUACUGCCGGCUGCUCAAAUGCCUCCAGAUGGGGAUGAACCGGAAAGCAAUCAGAGAGGAUGGCAUGCCAGGAGGAAGAAACAAAAGUAUUGGACCUGUCCAGAUAUCGGAGGAGGAGAUUGAAAGAAUUAUGUCUGGACAAGAAUUUGAGGGAGAGGCAAACAUGUCAUGGAGCAACAAUGGAGACAGCGACCACAGUUCCCCUGGAAAUGGAGUUUCUGAGAGCAACCAGCCUUCACCUGUGUCUACUCCAUCUUCAAGUAGGUCCGUGGAGCUGAACGGAUUCGCUGCACUCAGGGAUCAGUAUAUUGGGACGCCAGUGUCCACGCACUAUCAGUACCUCCCGCACCUUUUUAGCUAUUCUGCCCACUCGGCGCUGGUGCCCCCCCAGACGCGCAGCCUGGACCCCCAGUCGCACAGCCUGAUCAACCAGCUGGUGUCAGCGGAGGACCUGGAGCCGCUCGGCACACCGAUGCUCAUUGAAGACGGGUAUAAAGUGACUCAGGCAGAGCUGUUUGCAUUGUUGUGUCGUCUGGCGGAUGAAUUGCUUUUCAGGCAGAUUGCUUGGAUCAAGAAGCUGCCAUUCUUCUGUGAACUCUCAAUCAAGGACUAUACCUGCCUGCUCAGCUCCACCUGGCAGGAGCUGAUCCUGCUUUCCUCGCUGACUGUUUACAGCAAACAGAUCUUUGGUGACCUCGCAGAUGUCACCUCCAAGUACUCGCCCUCUGACGAUGAGCUGCACAGAUUCAGUGAAGAGGGGAUGGAGGUGAUGGAGCGGUUGAUCUACCUCUUUCGCAAAUUCAACCAGUUGAAGGUCAGCAACGAGGAGUAUGCAUGCAUGAAAGCCAUUAACUUCCUAAAUCAAGACAUUAGGGGUUUAACCAAUGCAUCCCAACUGGAGCAGCUGAAUAAGCGGUACUGGUACGUUUGCCAGGACUUCACAGAGUACAAAUAUCCACACCAGCCAAACCGUUUUCCGGAUUUAAUGAUGUGUUUGCCAGAGAUACGAUAUAUUGCAGGAAAGAUGGUGAAUGUCCCACUGGAGCAGCUGCCUCUCCUUUUUAAGGUCGUUCUGCAUUCCUGCAAGACAAGCGUGAGCAAAGAGUGAGCCCAGCUUGGCCCCGGCCCGUGCCUUACUGUGUGCCUCAGGCAGGGAGCGGGCUCACCUCCAGAGGAUGGGGGAAACAUCAUCAAGGCAGGAGGGAGGUGCUGAGACAGGGCAACGGGUGUCCCUGCCAUUGUAGCAAGAAUCUUUUGUUUGGGUUGUUUUGUUUGUUUGUUUUGUUUUUUACUCUUUUUCCUUAUAUAUUUAUUUCACGACAGAGUUGAAUGUAUGAUCUUCAACACGAUGCACAUGGUUCUGUAUGAAUGCAGCAGAUGCAUUCUCCAGCAGUUUACAGAAUGUGAAGAUGUUUAAAGUUGCAGUGUUUGUUAGGGUUAGUUCUUUUGUAUUUUGGGGCUGGGGACUGAGAUGACUAAGACUACCUCAAGGAAAGAUGCUGUUCGCACACUGCUCUUUUCAUGAUUUGUAUCCAGAAGUGUUUGUCAUAGAAUGCAAACUGCCUCAUUGACAGAGCUGUCAAUAUUCCGGAUGGACAAUUUUGGAAAAGGGGGUGUUAGAGAAGUGCCAAGCUUUUUUUUGUUUGUUUAAGAACUAAAAAAAAAACUAAAAAAAAAAAAAAAAAACCCUAAAAAAAUAAAAUAAAAAAAGGGAAGAAGACAGGGAGUGGAGAAGAAAGGAAGUCUGUCUGCCCAGUAGGUUUCUUUUCCUCCAGCAGUUUUCAGAUGCAGGUGGUGCCUGCAGUUUUCUUGAAUCCUGCCACCAGGAUUGCAGGGCUCCCAAGGCAAGGAGGGCUCUCACCCUCAUUCUGGUGAUGCUGAGCUGCCCUCCUCCCCUAGCCUCCCCAGCUGGGCUGCCACUGUUGCUGCAGCACCUUUCUGUUGGAUUGAAACUGUGCUGUUGCAGCUCAUAGUAGGCUCCCAACAUGGCAGCAGUAAGGUACUCUUUGUGAGAGAGUGAGAACUGUCAUUCUAAUUGCUUCCUUAAAGUCCAUUUUAGGUUCAUAAGAACAGGAAAAACCUACUGAGGGAAGAGGCAGGGUUGCCCCUUUUAGUGUAUUCCCCCAAGAUGUCAUUGACUACUGAGGAAACUUCUGCAUUGCAGCCAUCAGAAGCAGCUCAUUUAUGGGAACUGCUAACUUAUCCUGCAGUGAAAUGCAGCCUGCAUAAGGGCGAGAAAGGACUCCAGGAUCCUCUGGCAUGGCUUUCUCUGCUGGACUCGGGGAGUGUGCACAGCCCAUCGUUGUAUCCUGCAAGGACAGUUUUAUUGUUUAGUGGAAUCCCUUCUUUCCAGAAAAAAUUGGUAUGACUGCAGAGCUUGGUAAGCUGUUUGUCCCAGGUGUUGGGUUGGGCUUUUCCAUUCAGCAACCUCCACACCACUUCAGUGUGUGGAGGAAUGGCUUAAUGGCAGCCAGGUGUCUGAGCAAUUGCUCCAUCCCGGCGUUUGGCUCAGUUUGAAUAUCUCGUGGGUAAUCUCAUGGUGUCCUUCCCAUAGUGGUGCUGGGGAGUUUAGGGGAGGUGCUUUUAUUUUGGUUUCCUUCAUUAGCUGAGGAAGACGCAGUCAUCCUAGGGCCACGCUACCCUGCCUGGAGUCCUUUCCCUGUGUCCUUACUGUGAUCUUUUGAUUGCUGUUUUUAAAAUACUCUGGGAAAACCUACUGUUUGCUCAGGGUAGGAGGAUCCAGUUGCUCCCUUUCUGUCUUGUCCUGAUAACAGCUGCAUAUUGCUCAAAAGUACUGAAGCUGCUAUUAGAUGAAGAUGAAUCUGACGGUGAACGGGAGAAAAACGUUGUUCACCAAAGUCAUCUUUCCUUCCCUGUACUCAUUCUGUGGAAGCCCAGGAGCCCUUGUGAGACUGGCUUGGCACUCUCUGGGUUGGUCAGCAGCGAUGUGGGGCACCGGGAGCCGCCUGGAAGCCCUGGCUGCUCGCUGAGGCUGCCCCUUGCAGGUGUGCUGCUGGCUGCAGAAGGCCCAAGGAGCACUGCUUGCUUUGGAAUUCUGCCUGGGAAUUUUCCAGCUCGAUGGUUUCCCUUUUCUAAAAGUCCACUAGCUGUUCAUUUCUCACUAUUUAAAUACGAAGUUACGGGUAACAGCUGCUGGGACCAGCAGCAGUUCAGUUUGAUAGAGCUUCACAAAUCCAAAGCUGGUUCUGUAAAUCUCAUUUACUUUCUGACUGUAAAAUGAGACAGGCACGUAUUUCUCAGGAAGGCCUUCUGCAUACGUCGUAUACCUCAAGUGUAAAUGGGAAGAUUUUAGUAUAUCUGUUUGUAAGUUAGGAAGUAUUUCUUCGCUUUUAACUUUAAUUUCCAAAUAGCUUGAUAUAAUCUUUUUAUUACGGGUUAUCUUCUGACUUGCUGUUCUAUACGCUCAAAGAAUUGUUGAAUUGAAUAGGAAUAAUUUUAUUCUACAAUCACCAAACUUGUGUAAUCUGCUGAUGAAUGAGAGUUAGUUUUAAUAAGUGUACAUAAAAGCAGUCAUCUUAUUGCCAAAUACCCAACAAAACCAAUCUGUUUGUUAUUCUGAGUUUAUCCAAAGUGCUCCCAAAACUCAUGCUGCACCAACAACAAAACCCCUAAGUUCACUUAGGAUGGUAAAUGGGCAGCACGUGUUCUUUCUGCUGUAUACACCAGAUUUUGUAAAGGUCCAUUGGCAGCAUUUAUUGUAGGGAGUGGAAGAUCCUUACUAAACUGACAAGCAAGGGAGAAGUUAAUAUAGCAAACCAGAAUGUAACUCACUGGACAGUCAUUCUUAAUACCUUCUGCACCGAGUCCUCUAAUGACUUGUAUUUUUUAAACAGGGUAAAGUGAAUGUGUUGCUUUGCAAACUCAGGUAUUAUGAGAAGGUAGGAAUGUAGCUAGAAAUGUAGAGACGUUAGGUCAGUCGCUAGAUGUAUUUGUGAAUUUGGUUUGAAGGACACCCUGGAAAGGUUGGAAUUUUUGUUCCAUUCUUCACGUAGCAUUCGGUUUACAGGGCCUCAUAUUUUAUUUGUGCUUAAUGCUAGUAGGGGGAAGUUCAUUAUCUUUGGUAUCUAUCUGCUGUUGCUUAUCUGACCUUCUGUCAUAGAGGAAUCAAUCAACAAUAAUAGUCUUUGGUAGAAUUUUCUGCCAUGACAAGUCAAUUUUUAUCCCCGAUUUGAAAGAUAAAUUGGCUGACUGACCCCCUCCUCUCCUUCAUAGUAUUUGUGCAAAUGGAAAGCUGAAGAGUUACUUUUAAUCCGAGCAGAGAUCUGGGACAUAAAUUUGAAAUGCAGGGGCUCACCUUUUCAGAGGAGCUCUGCGUGGGCACCUUGCUGCUGUUUCACAGCUCACAGCUCAUCGUCAGUGGGGAGAAUAGAGCAAAAAUUGCUGCUGCAGGCGACGGGGGUGAGACCCCAGGACUUGAGCAGAAGCUCUGACAGCCGCUGGCUUUCCUUCCCCUGCUUGCUUCGGGUUGGCCUUCCGUGCCAUGAGCAGAGCCGUGCCCCUGUGACGUGUCAGCAGCAAGAUCUUUUGAGCUGUGUGUGGCUGCCAGGCCGCUCCGAGAUGCCAGGAGCCUUCCUGACCUGAUGGUCCUGGAGGUGCCCGCAGUGGUGCCGGCCCUGCAGCCAUUUUGCACGCACGCCAGCUGCUUUCUAAGUGCUGGUGGCUGCCAUCUCCCUCGUCUCCCCUUGCUGCCCGCAGAGGCGCUGCGUGCUGUGGGAUCCAGCUGUAGCUCCAGCAUCUGUAGGUCUGCAGCGUUGAGCUUUUCCAGUCUGCUGUCGCAUAAGGACUGACGGAGUGCCACUGAGCGUGGCUGUGUGCGGGGCUCCUCAGCACGGGGCGGGCGCAGCCAGCUCAGGUCCGCUGUGUUAAAUCUUGUCCUUCAAACCAACCUUUUUAAACGAAAAACUUGAAUUUCUUUUUAUUACAUUUUUUUUAAACUACAAAACAACAAAAAAAAUCUUCUGUGAAUGUGCUAUUUACCGUUCAUUCUUUCUUCUUUCUUGGUUUUGAUUUGAAGCUAUGAAGCUUGGUGUCUGUGAAGUGUUGUUAUUUCUGUAUUUCUCAGGAUAAGAAGCGGCAAUCAUCCCUGCCAUGUCGAAGGCAGGAGAAAGGGGGAAACGUGGGGAACUACUUUAGGUGUGAAGCUGAUUUUUAAGUUUUAGAUGAUGUAUGAAUCGGGGGUGAUGCAUGAGAUGUCAGGAUCAAGCCGUAGUGUUUCUCUGGGUUCUCAGUGUGUUGUUUGCAGCACACAGCAGCUCAGGGAUAAGUAUUUAAACGUGACCCAGAGAAACCCUAAGUUUUGAUGUUGCAGUGGUUGCUUCUUUCAUGCCUUGUCUGGAGGACUGUCUGAGAUCUGAAUGGAGCCUCCCCUGGAGAUUCGGGGGGCUGGGAAGCGUGCUGCCUCCCACUCAGCACCCUGGGAAAGCAAGGGGCGACGUGCCGUCCUCGUGGGGAGCCGCGCUUCCCCUGGGGCUGCGUUGCUGUAGGGAGCAGGAGGUUCCCCCCAUGCUCCCAUGUACAAAGCACCUGGCAGCUCAUGGAACCAUGGAACCAUUUGGGUUGGAAAAGACCUCUAAGAUCACCAAAUCCAACUGAUGUACCCCAUCCUUUUUUUGCCUCUGUGUCACAUGUGUUCACCUGCUCAUGGGAAAGCUGAAAUUGGGUGUUACUCAAUAGGACAGUCUCUGGCAGACAGUCCCGUUCCUGCUGUCAGUUGGUUACUUAGGAAUUGAAGCAUUUUCAUUUCCAGUUGGUGCAGCUUCCUCUUCCUGCUUCUCAGGGCAUCUCUCAGAUCUGUGCUCUCUGCAGCUGCCUGGGGGGCACCCACAGGCUCUGCAGAGCAGCAGCACUGGGCCAGGACCAACGUGGGCAGUGGGGCCACAACCUCACAACCUGCUCCAUCGGCUGUCCCAGCGCCUCGGGUGUGUGCAGAGAUCUGGGGGGCAAUGCGGGCAAUAUCUCUGCUGUGAAAAAACAUAGAAAAAAAGUGAGAGAUACUGUGCAAUUGACCUCUAACAGGUCUAUGAAAGAAGCAACACGUUCAGUGGCAGAAACGCCCCCAAGGGCAGAAAGAAACAGAAAUUGAAACCAUAUGACGAUCAACCUUAACAAAGCCUUUUGUGAUUCAUUGUUUUCUUUCAAUUUAUAAAAUGACUUGUAAUAGUUGAUAACAUUAUUGACUCAAUUUCCAUGACAAAACUACCUCGUGUGACAUCCUGUUUAUCAUCUCAAAGGGAUUGUGUGAAAAACGAAAUGCUGCCGGGUUUGGUGCUGGUGCGGCCCAGGGAGCUCCGCAGUUGUUCCCCUGGUGCUGGAGCGGCUGUGAUCCGCAGGCGCUGGGUGCUGGAGUAGCAGGGCAGAAUUGCUGCGGUGCCGCACAGGGCUGAGCUCCGCGUUCCUCGUAGUGCAGAACGGUGCAGGAUGUGCUCUGCUGGCUUGACUUGCUUGGUGCCCAGCCUGGAGCAGACUGCAGCCCCGUCCCUGCACUGCUGGAGCUCUGCAUCCUGGCUCACAGGGUGUGCCCGAAGCAGGACGGUCCUGGUCCUUGGGACCCUCCGCAGAUGUUUCCAGCGAUGGUUUCUUCCAGCAGCACGCUGUGUUUUUCCCACGAUCCCUUGUGUAAAUCAGGGAAGCAGGAUGUCCCCUGGCAUGGCAUGCUGUUACAGCUGGAGCCGGCCCGGCCUCGCCGCGGCCCCACUGGCGUCCCCCAGCCCGCACGGGGCACGGCGCCGUCCCCGCUCCGCUGCUCCGCUCUGUGACUUGACUACCUGUGGAAAUGUGACCAAUAAGUGUUGAACGCAUGUUUAGCGAGUGUUAGCUGUACGAACUAAUA